CCAAAUCCCCGCUGACACGCCGAGGAUCCCCGCGCCCCCCUCAAUCCUCUCCUCGCACCCCGAGGCUCUUCCUUGAGCCCUCGGGUCUCUCUGUUCCGCUCCCAAAAAUCCCCCCAAACUCCUCUCCUCAUGGCCAGCGCUUCCCCGCGGGCUCCCUGAGGUCCCCUGCCCGCACCCCGCUUGUCCCCCGAGGUCCGCAGCUGCCGCCCAGCCCGAGCAGAGGCAGCGCCCAUGGAGUUCUCGGAGCUGAUCAAGACGGCCACGGUGGAGAACGCGCUGCUGUGGCGGCCGGGGCUGCCCGCCGUCAGGGGCACCCUGUGCAUCACCAGCCACCACCUGCUGCUCUCCUCCCGGCCCCGCGGCGACCUGGAGCUCUGGCUGCUCAUCCGCAACGUGGACGCCGUGGAGAAAAGGGUCUGCGGCUCCUCGGGCACCAUCACGCUGCGCUGCAAGGACCUGCGGGUGCUGCAGCUGGAGAUCCCGGGCAUGGAGCAGUGCCUGAACAUCGCCAGCUCCAUCGAGGCGCUCUCCUCGGUGGACUCGGUGAUGAUGAUGUACCCCUUCUUCUACCGACCCCCGAGCCUGCGCCUGGAGCAGGGCUGGCACCGGUUCCCCCUGGAGCGCUUCUUCCAGCGCCUCUCCUCGCAGACGAGCCAGUGGCGGCUGAGCACCGUGAACCGCGACUUCAGCGCCUGCCCCUCGUACCCCCCGGCCGUGAUCGUGCCCGCGGCCGUGGGCGAUGACACGGUGGCAAAGGCGGCGCGGUUCCGGCAGGGCGGGCGCUUCCCCGUGCUCAGCUACUUCCACCCCAAAAACGGCACCGCGCUGCUCCGCAGCAGCCAGCCCCUGACCGGCCGCAACCGCCGGCGCUGCCGCGAGGACGAGCAGCUGCUGGGGACGAUCCUGGACCAGGGCGAGCAGGGUUUCAUCAUCGACACGCGCUCGGCCCAGGCGGCCAAGCAGGCCCGGAUGAGCGGCGGAGGCACCGAGCCCAAAUCCUCCUACCCGCAGUGGAGGAGGCUGCACCGAGCCCUGGAGAGGGGCCGCCCGCUGCAGGAGAGCUUUUCCCGGCUGGUGGAAGCGUGCAGCGACCCCGCGCCGAGCGUGGAGCGCUGGCUGUGCCGGCUGGACGCCAGCCGCUGGCUCGGCCACGUCAAAGCCGCCCUGAGCACGGCCUGCCUGGCCGCCCAGUGCCUGGACAGGGAGGAGCGCACGGUGCUGGUGCACGGCGCCGAGGGCACGGACGCGACGCUGCUGGUGACGGCGCUGGCGCAGCUCAUCCUGGACCCGUCCUGCCGCAGCCUGGAGGGGUUCCAGGGGCUGCUGGAGCGCGAAUGGAUCGAGGCCGGGCACCCCUUCCAGCUGCGCUGCGCCCGCUCCGCCUCCUGGCACGGCCGAGGGAAGCAGGAGGCGCCGCUCUUUGUCCUCUUCCUCGACUGCGUGUGGCAGCUGAGCCGCCAGUUCCCGCUGUCCCUGGAGUUCGGGGAGCGGCUGCUGCUCACCCUCUUCGACAACGCCUACGCCUCCGCCUACGGCACCUUCCUGUGCAACAACGAGAGGGAGAGGAGCCUGUGCAAGGUGAAGGAAAGCACGCACUCGCUCUGGGCCUGGCUGAACCAGCCCGAGGAGAAGCACAAGUACCUGAACCCCCUCUACUCGCACAACCCCCUGGUGAUCUGGCCCUCCGUGGAGCCCCAGAGCAUCCAGCUCUGGCAGGGAUUGUUCCUCCGCUGGAUCCGCCCUUCCCAGCACCUGGAUGAGGCUCGGGAGGAGAUCCAGAGGUUGGUGCAGGGGAAGAAUUCCUCCUCCAGCAAGGAGAGCAGAGGGAGAAGGCAGAGCCCUGCCGCCGCUGCUGGGACAGAGGGCGGAAGAUGAAGCGCGGACACUCGGGUGCCCGUGGGAUUUGGGACAAGGUGACGCUGGGUUUUCCCAUGGGAAGGGCUGUGCAGGACACAGACCCACGGAGAGCUCUGGGAGAGGGGACAGAGCCCCCCUGUCCCAGCCUGUCCCAGCCCAGCCUGAGCUCCUCGCAGUAAAUCUCUCUCCCCAGCCCUUGCCUGCGUCCCGCUCUUCCAUAGGGAAUCUGCUCCUUCCCACGGGGAAUUCAGCAGGGCCUGAGGAUGGCUCUGGAGCCGAAGGGCAGAUCACACAAAAAAAUAACAGGAGAUCACAGAAAAAAAACCCAGGAGAUCACACAAAAACAACCCAGGAGAUCAUAGAAAAGAAACAGGAGAUCAUAGAAAAAAACCCAGGAGAUCACAGAAAUAACCCAGCAGAUCACACAAAAAAUAUCAGGAGAUCAUAGGAAAAAACCCCAGGAGAUCACACAAAAACAACCCAGGAGAUCACAGAAAAGAAUCAGGAGAUCACAGAAAUAACCCAGAUCACACAAAAAAAACCUCAGCAGGUCACACAAAAAAACCCCCCCAGGAGAUCUUAGAAAAGAAACAGGAGAUCAUAGAAAAAAACACAGGAGAUCACAGAAAAAAUCCAGAUCACACAAAAACAACCCAGGAGAUCAUAGAAAAAA